UUCAAACCUCCUGCGAUCGAUUUCUCAGCGCGGGCGGGGCUUGGCACCGGCACCAGCGCUGAUUGGCCCGGCGGUCGUGGGGCAUCCCCAGCAACCCGGCAACCGGGGCCAUACAAAUGCGGUGCGCCGCGAUACCAACUUCCCAGCAAACAUCUGCCUCGCUUGCCCACAGUCGACCACCGCUUCUAUCCGACACGACCACCGCCUCUAUCCGACACGACCACCGCCAUGACCGUCACCAAGCCCUCUUCCCUCAAGCUCACCUACUUUGACAGCCCCGGCCGUGCCGAGGCCAUCCGCCUCACUCUCUUCAUCGGCGGCGUCGAGUUCGAAGAUGAGCGCCUGACCCGCGAGCAGUUUGCCGCCAUCAAGCCCACCCUGCCCUUUGGCCAGCUCCCCGUCCUGACGGUUGACGGCGAGCACGUCGUUGCCCAGUCGGACGCUCUGCUGCACUACGCCGGAAUCCUCUCGGGCUUGUACCCCAGCAACGACGACCCCUUUGCCUGCCUUCUGACCGAGCAGGCCCUUGGUCAGCUGGGCGACAUGGCCGCCAAGCUCGUCGAGGUCUUCCACUGCCCGGAUCCUGCCAGCAUGGCCGCUGCCUGCAACAAGCUUGCCACCGAGGUCUACCCGCCCAUGCUUGCGGGUCUGGACAACGUCCUGGCAAAGUACAGCGGCAAGUACUCGGUCGGCGACAAGAUCACCAUUGCCGACGUUACGCUCUACCACUUGGUGAACAUGGUCUCGGGACCGGCUCCUCUGAUUCCGUUCAUGCCUGCCGAUCUGGUGGCGCCGUACAUUCACAUCACCAAGGUCUACGACACUGUCAAGAGCCAUCCGCGAGUGAUCGAGUGGCAGGCCAAGAACGCUGCCCGCAAGCAGUGAUGCAGUCAUCACAAACCUCCCCCCGCUGUUGGCGUUCCAUGGGGCUCCAUGGUGUUCCAUGGUGCGUGGAGGUCGAGCUAUUGGUUGUUCCAUGGUGUCUGGGAUCCAGCCGUAUGGAUCACCAUUCCACAUCCUUGGUCGACAUAUCAUCGUGACCGAGUCGCACACUGGUGAGGCGGCCCCCGCAUUCUGGUCUCACCAAGAGAGAUCCCAAUGACUGUUGUUCUGAUUGUCGAUAAUCACGAUAUAUAAUAAUAAACAAACCUGGGCAUCCGGUAAUUUGUCCAAUGUCCAACCUA